AAAAGUCAGUUGAGCUGUGUUUAAGCUAACCUUACAGUCUUUGCUAUCGUUACCUUCGAGAAAAUUCGCUCGUUAUCUUAGUUUGUGACGGUAGAGACGUGAACAGAAAGGAUUGCAAAAACUAAAAUUCAUAAUAACAAAGUAUCGCAAUGCCUCAAGGACGUCGAAAAUUACCUUUCAGCGGAAAACAAAAAAAACAACAGAUACAAGAAAAGAGGAAAAGAAAACAACAGAAUGCUGCAUCCGAAUCUGAGAAUAAGUAUGAAAGAGCUGAAGGGAAUAAUGUCAGACCUCCCAAAGAACGUUUGCCUGAAUUCAAUGUGCAGAGUAUCAAUCAACAGCCAUUACAUCGUGGUGGUAGAUCUAACCCUAAUCAAUAUGUGCUACAAUUUCGGCGAGAAACUGAAGAAGAAAUAAAGAAAAGAAAAGAAGAUGCAAGAAAGCAAAUUAUUCCAGUAUCUGAAGAAGAACUCGAGUUUGAUCCUGCUCCUUAUUUUUGUGGUAAUGAGCUUGGUUUUCCAAUACGACCUAAAUGGAGUCCAGAUAUGACUAGAGAACAGUUGGAUAAUCGUGAAUAUGGUUAUUUCAAGGAGUAUUUACUAACACUGAAAAAAAGAAGUGACUGGGAUGAGUUAAGUUAUUUUGAGUUGAACUUAGAAACUUGGCGGCAGAUGUGGCGUGUUAUGGAAAUGUCAGAUAUUAUUGUAUGGAUAGCUGAUGCUCGUUAUCCAGCUGUUCCUACAUUCUUGUUUACAUAUGUAUUAAAGACAUUAAAAAAGAGUUUAAUUAUAAUUCUGAAUAAAAUGGAUUUAGUGCCAUCAGCUAUAGGUUUGGCUUGGAAACAUAAAAUAACACAAACGUAUAAUUUAGAUGAUGAUGACAAAGCUAAAGUUCAUGUGUUGUUUUUCACUUCUUUCAAAAACAGUUCAGAAUUUAAAGAAGGUGUUCAAAAAAAAAAACCUAGAGGUAAAUUAAAGAUGGCUGCAGAAGCUGCAGAAUGUUUGUUGAAAGAAUGUAAAAGCAUUAUAGAAAAAUAUCAAGCAAAAAUCGAUUUACAGAGCUGGGAAAAUAAAAUUAGUGAAGAAAAAGAACUAGAAUAUGAUAAUGAUGAAGAUGUUGAAAUAGAAGAAAAAAUUACUGCUGUUCCAGAAACGAGUUAUGAGCAUUUUGAUUUGUUUCAAAAUAGUUAUCUUACAAUUGGUUUGUUAGGUCAACCUAAUGCUGGGAAAUCAUCUGUUUUAAAUGCAUUAAUGGGCAAAAAAGUCGUCAGUGUUUCUGGAACUCCUGGACACACAAAACAUUUUCAGACAAUAUUUUUAACUCCCAGUGUUCGUUUGUGUGAUUGCCCUGGACUUGUUUUUCCAUCUAAACUACCUAAACCAUUACAAGUUUUGAUGGGUUGUUAUCCUAUUGCACAACUUCGUGAACCAUAUUCAACUAUUAUGUUUUUAGCUGAAAGAUUAAAUCUAGUAAAACUUUUAAACUUACAACAUCCUGAGCCAGGUGAAAAUGAAUGGUCUGCAAUAGAUAUUUGUGACAGUUGGGCUAUUAAACGAGGUUUUCUAACUGCUAGAGCUGGACGACCAGAUACAUAUCGUGCUGCCAAUCAUCUGCUACGUAUGACACUUAGUGGAAAAAUUUGUUUAGCAUUGAGACCUCUUGGAUUUACUGAAAAUAAAAAAUAUUGGUUGUCUUCUGCGGAGCUAAAAAAUAUAUGGAAAGUUAAAGGCAUUGUGGAUGAGCUGGAUACCUAUGAACACAAUUGUAUAGAACUAUCAGAUGACGAGCAAAAACCAACUGCUCAGACUGACACUAGUGAAAAUGAGGAUGAUGGAAGUAAUGAAGACGAAUCUUGUGAUAGUGAUAGUUCAGAAGUAUGUGGAACAAUUGCUUCUAAUAAGUUUUCUGUAUUGGAUAUGUCUAAUUGAUACCAGUUUUAAAAUUUUGUCUUUAUAAAGAUAACAUAUCGUUAAUCCUAUGCAUUAUUUUUUUUUUUUUUUAUGAGCACUUUUUAAUUAAAGAUGGUUGUAAAUGUACGUGAUUUAAUUUUAAAAUAUAUAAGAUGUUCAUUAUAAUUUAAAAAAUUGUAAUGUUUGUUGAUUAUACCCAUGCAACUUCUUAUACCAAUUGUAUCGUUUUACUUGCUUGACUUAAUAUUCUUAUUUUUUCUUUUAAACUAAAAUCAAAAUUUUUGAAUGAUCAAUUAAAGUUCGAUAAUUUAUAAUUUAUGUAUAUUGUAUUGAAUAGUAUAUUAUACUAUAUUCUAUAGUAUAGAAUCUAUACAAUAUAUUUUCUUUACACAUACAAUAUAAGAUUAUAUUCGUUGAGACACUAAUUUAGUCAGUCAGUAUGGUUUGUUAUCAAAAUAAACGAUUUUAGUUUUGAAAAAAAAAAAAAAAUCCUGAAUAAUA